CUUGAAGAACAUCAACCACAACAACGAAACGAUAACUUCAAGGCCAGAAAUUACCCGGAAAACCAGAAAUUUGGUGAGAAAUCACCAAGGAAACCAGAAAAUUUGGUCAAAGGUCACGCUCAAUUCGACGAAACCACCAUGUUCGCCCUAGUCUACUUCCCGACUCUGCGAAACCAUUCCGUGCUGGGUCUUGGGGAGCUAUCGUCGGCUGUCGCCGAAGGAGAUCAAGUCUAUUUGAAUGUACCAGGAGCAGGCGCAGGCACGGGGUCAGUCAGUCCUGGUGCCGGUGGGGGAGGUCAUUUUGCCCAAAACCACUCCAGAUUGCCAAUUCAAGUGCUCGAAAUCGGCACACGCCACGAGCUACACGCACUCAGACGUGCACAUCAAACAGUGAACAACAGCAGCGCCGCGAACGCAGCGACAAAGGCACGUGUGGUUUUUUUGCACCAAAUUCCAAAAUUUUCGGUUUAUUUUUUACCACUACCACAUCGUUUCUGGUUAAUUUCCCAGCUAAUGGGGAAGCAGCAGCAGCUGGUGUCACCACUCGUCAACGCGGCGCCAAACGCCCUCACUCAACAACGAAUACAUCCGAGGAACACGGCCACACCAAACCCGAUCCUACCCCGACCUCGAGCUCAGGCUCAAUUGCCCACGACCCUACCACCACCACCACCUCGCCAACCUCAGCCCAAACGACGCACCACCUAUUCG